UACAACACACGCAUCAUUGCGAGAGUGACGUAUGAACGGCAGAAGAGACGAAAACGAAAGAAAAGCCUUUCUGUGCCGUUGUUAUCUUCUAUCGUACCUGAAGAAUGGAGACAAACGGCCAGGCUAAUGGGCUUAAAUCAAAAAAGAAAGAAAAUGGGGACGCCAAGGACAACCUAUGGUCUUCGAUAUUAGAAGAAGUUCAAAACCAAGGGAACACAAAACUACCUUCAAAUAAAAAUGUAUUAGUUUUGGGUGACAAUGAGACUGGUAAAACUACAUUAGUAGCAAAAUUACAGGGUGUUGAAGACCCUAAAAAGGGUUCGGCACUCGAAUAUGCGUACAUAGACGUAAGGGAUGAAUAUCGAGAUGAUCAAACGCGUCUCAGUGUGUGGGUGCUGGAUGGGGAUCCAGGUCACACGAACCUCCUCAAGUUUGCGCUCAGCGAGGAGACAUUCCCUCACACGCUGGUCCUCCUCACCGUGGCGAUGACCACGCCGUGGGGUAUACUAGACCAGCUGCAGAGCUGGGCGUCAGUGCUCGGCGACCAUAUAGACAAAUUAGAUCUCACACCGGAACAAAGGUUACAAAGUAAAAAGCAACAAGUACAGAAAUGGCAGAGGUAUACGGAGCCGGGAGACGAGCUGGAGCCCACAGCGUCAUCCCCCAUGAAGCGCUCGUCGAGGAACCUGUCCGAUGACCUGGAAAACGGAGAUGAUGACGACAGCCCUCUGCCAGAAGCUGUGCUCACCACUAAUCUAGGACUCGAUAUCGUAGUUGUGGCAACUAAGACUGACUACAUGAGCACCCUAGAGAAGGAGCACGAUUACCGCGACGAGCACUUCGACUUCAUGCAGCAGUGGAUCAGGCGGUUCUGUCUCCAGUACGGCGCGGCCCUCUUCUACUCCAGCGCCAAGGAGGACAAGAACUGCGACCUGCUGUACAAGUACCUCACGCACAGGAUAUACGGACUGCCCUUCAGGACGCCCGCGUUGAUCGUCGAGAAAGAUGCGGUGCUGAUACCCGCUGGUUGGGACAGCAUGAAGAAAAUUAGCAUAUUAUAUGAAAACAUGCAGUCGUGUAAACCAGACGACUACUACAGGGAUGUUAUUGUACAACCUGUUAUACGGAAAAGCGGAGCCAACCGUGAAGCGGAAGUGCAGGCGGAGGACGAGCAGGCCUUCCUGCAGCGGCAGCUGGCCGCGCUGCAGGCCGGCGCGCCCGCGCCCAGGGCCGACUCGCCGCUCAGAGCCACGCAGAGGGCUACUGCACAGCUGGACGGUGCCAAAAUCGGCAUGGGCCCCGGCACGCCCGGCAACGAGGGCGUGCUGGCGAACUUCUUCAACUCCCUGCUGUACAAGAAGUCGGGGUCCCCGGCGGGGCGCGGCGAGGCGUCCCCCGCGGCGGCGGCGGCGCGCUCGGACGCGGCGGCGGAGCUGGACCGCCUCACGCGCACCAAGCCGCGCCCCGCCGCGCCGCCGCCGCCGCUCGACCUCAACUCCUCCUCCGAGUGCUAGCGCGCCGCGCGCCCGCACUGCCGCGCGUCGCACCCGCAGGUAGUCAGUAGUGCGGCCCCGGUCGCCGGGAGUGUCGCUUGCACGGCCACAGAUCGUCUCACACAAUACAUUGCUGGCUUGUACUUUGUUGGCCACGACUCAGUCGGCCGCGCGCGGCAGUGGUAAGCGUCUUUACGAGAAUUGUCGACGCGCGUCGAGAGAUUCCACGCGGCUUACGUUCGCCUCGUGUGUUCGGUUUAUACUUAAAGCGGAACAACUCCCGCGGAUUUUUGAAAGAUUGGCUAUUAAACUUUUAUAGAGAAUUUAUACAUAGAAAUAUCAGUAAAACGAACUUUAUUGGAAUUACCGCAACGCAUAAUAAAUAAUAAUAAGGUUCUAAUUUCUAAACCUGAAUGUCGAACAGUAAACUGUGACUAAUCUAAUAACUUAGCUGUAUUCCAAUAAUUACAAGGUUUUGUCGUACUUACCCUAACAGAAUCUCUAGGUAAUAUCGUAGAAACAUCGAAACCGGUUCAGCAUUUUCGUGUUGUAAACACAAAUUAACAAAUUUAAACGCUGUUAAUAUUUAGAGGCAGCUUUGAAUUGUCAGUCUUUCAAAAACCGUUUGAAAUAACGUCGCGGAAGUAUCUACUGUGUGAACACUUACUCAACUUUUAUAAUUAAGUUUGUAAUUUUAUAGAGUUUUGUCAUUGAACUUGUUGAUAAAUAAUUAAAAAAUAACAUGACAUCACUAUGACAACGUGGUGGAAACAAAAAUAAUAUUUCGAAUUUCAAAUUCUGAACAAUUACUUUGGUCUUCGAAAUUUACAGGCAAUUUGGUACUUUUUUUUUAAUCUUUGGGCUUUGGAUUCUUGCUAUAAAAAUAGAUUGGUAAUUCUUUUUUACCUUCUAUUUUAUUGAGAGUAUUGAGCACAGUGGACUACUUUCCGACGUAGAACGACAUAAGUUCGCCACGAUAGCGAUAUCAAUGGCGAAGCGUGAUUGUAUUAUGUAACGAGAAUUUAGAUUUUAUAUUAAUUGUAAAAUUAACUCGAAGGGGUCAGGGACAUUGUAGGAGUUAGCUACUGUUGAGAAUAAUAUUUAUAUAUUAGUAAUGUUAGAAUGUUGAAGUAAAGUUAGUUAGAACCUCUAUCAGUAUUCUUGCAAAAUGAUUUUGACUUGUUUACACUUAAAAAAAAACAUUUUAUUAAGAAAAAUGAGACUAAAUUCUGCACAUCCUUGCAUUGUCUUAUAGUAGCCUAAUAUGCGCUUGCGCAGUUUUGAAUCGCUUGCGUAAUUUUAAUCAAUGUAGUUAUAAUAUCAUGGUGCGCAACCAUUUUAUAUUUCAUGAAUUUAUAGUAUAUUGUGGCACUUUUGCGAAAAAAAACUAAGAUUAAUUUUGCAGACAUUUCCAAAUAAUAAUGAUAUCAAUAAAUUGCCCACUUAAUAAAAUUCAAUACGCUAAGGUUAAUUACAGAAUCAGUUGUGUAAACAUGUCAGAAACACGAUUAACAUAUUCCUUCAUACCUUAAAAACAUUUAUUAAAACAACAUUGUCUAUCUUUUGUCUCAUUCUUUCUCGCAAAAAGAAAUAAGAAAGAAAGUGAUAGAAAAUGUUACCUUAUAAUUAAAUGUUUUUACAAGUAAUGUGAGGUAGCAUGUCUUCUUAAUCUCAUUAAUUCGAAAAUGUUUGUAGUAUAUUCGUAACUAGUUUUCAAGUCGCGAAUGUCAAAUAUCGUAAUUUGACAUCUGAGGUCAUGUGUUUAGAGUCUAUAUUUAAACAUUUUCGAAUUAUGAGUAUUGGUUUAUGUAGUUACUAUAUAAUAUAUUUGAAAGAAAAGGGGAUGACCAAAAAUUUGUUUAUGUUUGUCAUUUAGAUUAAUAAAUGAAUAUAAGACACAGAUUUUCUCUCUUAACGUAGCCGUAAACUUAGAAAGGUAAGCUCUGAAAGCCCUAUGAUCUAGCCCAGUGAAUCGAUGAAAGUUAAUUCUCUCAGACUAACUGCUUAUAACGAUUCUUGUCAAAACUUGCAUAGGUAAACAAUCAAUACAUUAAUAAAUACAUGUGACUUAAAUCUGUGGUCUUAUUCACAUUAUCUAUAUUGUAUUUACAAUUUUAUUACCUAAUUGACGGACUAAAUACAUUUUCGCCAUCAUACCCUGUCGUAACGACCUAUUAUAUUAGAUAUAUAUAUUAUUCAAAUAUAACUUUUUUGUAAAUAGUAUUUUUUUACGUUCUACCACCCUGUGAUGUCCCUGCCCUGUAUAAGAGCAACGUUUUUCAUACAUUUCCAUUACUAUCGAACUAAACGCGAGAUGAUGUACUUUUCUAAUUAAAACGCAACGUUUAUUUGUAAUAUUGUUUAUGAUAUUAAAAUAAGUAUUUAUUUAGAUAGUCUAGUAAUAAGUGCUGGGGUGUACUGGUGUGUGAACAAACUUCGAUAUAGUAAUUGUCACAUAAUAUUUGAUUAUUUGCAUAAUUCCGUAAUAAAUUCAAUUACAUAAAUUCUUCGAUUAAAUUUUACUUAAAAUGGCGGCAGUAUUUUAAAUCACUGCUGUUUGUGUAGCCGUAACUUUCUGUACUUGGUAUGUAUCGAUAGGCAGUUCGUCCCUACUAGCUGCGCCCCAGCACUUGUUAGCAAUCGACGCGAAACAUUAUCCUAGUGAAAGGUUUUGUUAUCAUCUGAGAUUAAGGAAGUUCCAGACGUGAUCUUCUAUGAAGACUGGCAGUGCAAUGACACACGGUUUUAUGCACAAUCAAGUCACUAUUUGUACAAACCAUUCAAUGUAUGGCUAUAAUUAUGUAUGUUGUAAAACAUUUUAUAUUAUUCACUCAUCAGUCUGUCUCCCAUUCGCUUCCCCGAACCGACAAUGGUGACCUUUAUUUGUGUUGUGGUAACCGAAUUUAUUUAUUAUCGAAAUAUAUUAACUAUUUGGAAAUAUUUUUUUUACUCCCCCGACCCCUAUGUAUUGUAAUUUCUUAUUAUUUUUACAUUGUGACUGUAAUUUGAUUGGAGUUUGUUCACAUGUGGUGCAAUACUGAACAUUCCAAACCUGGUUUGGUGCUUAUUGUAAUAGUAAAAUUAUUAUUAAUUAAUAUGGAGUUUCAUUUAACGUGUCUUGCCUUUGCUCUCUUAAAUAAUUCGGUUAGUUACACAUUUUGAAAGGUCACUAUUAAAUCAAUAACACUGCAUUACAUACCAAAUACAUUCUGUAAAGAAUAUUUAACAAUACGAAAUCAUAUCUUAGAGUACUUAACCAUUUAGCAAUUCCAAAAGAUGAAACAAGCAAAAGCAUGGCUUAUCCUAACUUAAUAAGUAUUUAUAUCAAUUAAUUAAAUAUCUUCAACUUAUAACUUAUUAACGUGAGUAGCUUAGGUAUUAAUUAAUUAUAGAGUCGUGUUUUUUGGCAAACUUGUGCAAGUGACACCUGAUAAGCGAGUUUCUUGGAAAGAGCUGUGGCAGCUGUAGAUCGGUAAAGACUCAUUUUUCCCUUUCAGUAAUAAUUGUCAUUGUUUCAUUGUAAAAUUUGUGAAAAAAAAGUUAAAGAGUUUGAUAUGAAAAUUUUCUCUCUCUGAAAAUGAGUCUGUCAAAAAGCACGCAUUAAUGUUAUAAUAACUCAUUUGUAUAAAGGAGAAGUAUUGGCAAGUUUUGAUAUGAGAUAUUUGUACAAGUAAGGUUUGAAGCUAAAGGCUGGAUUAUUGUCUAUUUUUAUAAAGGGGAUUAAAUGUUAGGUGGCUAAAAUGCAUAAUUAUAAACAUAGACAUAUUUGUGAGCUGUGAGCAGUUUGCCGACCACUACUAUGGCAUGUUGAAUGUUACUCGAAGGACCUUCGUACUCGAGGCAAAAUAUCCUCCAAUAUCCGUCGACUUGGUCUCCCGUCGCCACUUACAUACGAACCUCCGCGAGUUUGUUUGGUCUACUCUAGCCAGUGGAGACUGAAGUCUUCGGGUAUCGGAGCACAGUGUUGCCAUGCGUACAAAAGACCUAAAGCCACGUUGUUACUGUGGUCGAAUAUUUAUACGUAUAAUAUAUAUUAUGGAUAGUAAUCAAGUAUUUUUAUAUAAUUGCAAUGUAACCCUAUGUAAUUGAAUCUAACAUAAAAAAAAUGUGUAACUUACCGUGAUUCGUUGAAAUUUAUGCAGAUAACUUUUUGCUCAUUUAUUUUCUAUUUUUAACAUUUAUGUACUAGUCAAUUAUCAGUUGGUUUUAUAUUGAUUAACGACUACCUACAUCUCUUUCUGUGAUAUAUUUUUUUUUAUGUAGAACAAAAUAAUUUCCUUGUAAUCUGUGCAUGAUGUAUUAGCCACAUAACAUCCUCAUAUAGGCAUAGAAUUUUUGUUUUCCGCUCAACUGUUAAGAGAAAGACAAAUUCCUUUUUUGUUGAAUUUUGUUUAGUUUAAUAAAAAACGUAACAUAAAUAUUAAAGCGUUACUUUUUCCGAUUUACCUAAAUUAAAAGUAUUUAUUUCAAUAUAGGCUAUAAAUAGUUGGCUGUUAUAUGACAAUGCCAUUUCGGUUGUAAUAAUACAGUUGGAGCUAUAAGGCUUAGUGAUUAGUUAGAUUCUCAAAAGAUAAUUUUUGUUACGCUUUGCAAUAGGUUAGAUUCCAAUAUAUAAUAGCGAAAACUUUUAGUUUUUAAUAUGUUAUUUAAUAAAAAAAAAAUAUUACUAAUCUAUAAGCGAUGCGCGAUGGUGUAAUGUCCAAGAUCGAACGAUUUAUUUGUAAUGAGUGUAAAAAAAGUAUUUAUGAUAAUAUGGAAUAUUAAAAAUGUAAUAAAAGGCAGACAGUUGGCAUCCAUAUGUACUGGUGACAUUUUCGUUAUGUUCUCCAUCUCACUAUUUGGGUGUAUCCUUGUUAUAGCGGCUUUGUGGGUCAAUAUAAACUUUACUGCAUACAUCCUACUGAAGUAAUUCUAUUAUUUGUUAACCAAAUGCAAAAAAAUAUUUUACAAAUUUCCCUUUCUUCUUCUUUUAUUCUAUUAUAAAUUGAACAAUUAUAGGUAUUACCAGUUGCAAAAAUAAUAUUGACAUAAUUUAGUGACAAAUUAAAAAAAUCCUCGCAUUCAGAUUUGGUAUCGCGAAAAACGAGAAAAAAAAUAAUCUCGCCAGCCCUUUGCACAUAAAUCUAAGUUACAAGGUAAAAAAAAAAAUACAUCCAUAUUAAUUACCUGUGAUGUUACAAACAAUUGGCCCACAAUGCUUUCUCAUCGCACACUCAUCUCUGUAAAUAUAUUUCCUUUACAGAGCUUAUGCAGUGAAUCAACACUUGAUUUAAAUUUGCAGCGUUAUGUCGUUAUUGUAAGCUUAUAGGCGAUACUGUACAUAAUUUAAAUAAACUAGCACGGGAACUGUUCUGAUCAAAA